GAAAGAUUGGGCGGCAGAUGAUCCUGGUUGCCCUGCCAGAAUUUAGCUUUGGUCCACUUCUGAUAAUUAUGCUGAAGGAACAACACACAGCGUGCGAAUAAAAUAGAUGAGAGGCUGGCGGGCAUAAUAAUAAACAUAAUCAUUGGCACGGACCAAAGCACUCAUUGGAUUUCUAGACCUACAAUCUCUCUUCUUCUAAUCAGACCUACCUACCUUCACACUACACUACUACACUCACAGAUCCUCCUUGGAUACAUCUUCCAUUCUCAUACCCCUCUCAAAGAAAACACGCAAAAGCACAAUCACAAUGGCCUCCACAAACUACAGAGAAGCAUUUCAGCUCUUCGAUAAACGCGGUACUCAACGUGUGCAACUGGAUCAGCUUGGAGAUUUGUUGAGAGCUUGUGGCCAGAAUCCUACUUUGAAUGAGAUUAGAGAGUUGGAGAAGAAUGUUGGUGGUGAAUUCGACUUCGAAACUUUCUCUAAGAUUCUCAACCGACCUGGUGGAUUCCGCGACCCGGGCGAGCCAGAGGAAUAUUGUCGUGGUUUCCAGGUGUUCGAUAAGGACAUGACUGGAUUUAUUGGAGUUGGACAGUUGAGAUAUAUCUUGACGAAUUUGGGAGAGAAGAUGAGUGACGAGGAGGUGGAUGAAUUGUUGAAGGCGGUUGAUACUAGCAGUGGGGAGAUCAAUUACACUGAUCUCGUACGAACCAUUCUCGCAAACUAGAUUUUAUGCUUCGUUAUGGCAGAAGGUUAUGGCAGAGGUUGCAAAAUAUUCCGGGGAGUGAGCGGAGAUGCAAUGGGGUCGGCAGAGAGGAAAAGAAUCAGAGAUAUACAAGGAAGGAGAGGAACGAAGAGAUCAUAUCAGUUGUAGGAAUCACUUUUUCGCGACGGCAUAAAUAGGAGCUGUGGAGUGGGAGGAUAUUGAUAAUGGCUAUGGCUAUGGCGUUGAAUGAACUUUUAGGCCUGCAAAGGCAGAAAUGGAUAUUAUGAAUUGUUUUCUACUUGAAAUUGAUGUGCAUAGAUGUUUGUAGAUGUAUGAGUGUUAUUCAUGAGUGUUAUUCAUGAUAGGAGAGAGAUUAAUAUGUGUUACUGAUUUUGGCUUCAUCA